AUUUCCGCCGCGUAGCCAAUACGUCACACCGAACGGUCCAAUACGCUCUUCUUAUUGGUCUUUGUGAAGGGUCACCAAAUCGACUAUUUCCGGUUUCUACUCCCUCUCUUUGCUUCUUCUCUUGUACAUCCGGGUUACUGUGCCUAUCGUGCGCUGUGCGUCCGGCGGCCAUUGCGGUUCUGGUGAAGAGGCGGGAGCGAGAGGCUUAAGACCGAGAUUCGGACAGAAAAGUUUGAGACACCAUGGCCGGGGUGUUUCCAUAUAGACCACAGGCACCGCCAAUGCCCGGCCCCCCAGGUGGAACACCGGACUACAUGUCUGAAGAGAAGCUGCAGGAAAAAGCACGAAAAUGGCAGCAGCUACAGGCAAAACGCUAUUCAGAGAAAAGAAAAUUUGGGUUUGUGGAUGCACAGAAAGAAGAUAUGCCUCCAGAACAUGUUCGCAAAAUUAUUCGUGAUCAUGGAGACAUGACCAACAGAAAGUUCCGACAUGAUAAGAGAGUUUACCUUGGAGCAUUGAAGUAUAUGCCACAUGCUGUCUUAAAGUUACUUGAAAACAUGCCCAUGCCUUGGGAGCAGAUCCGUGAUGUCCCUGUGCUGUAUCAUAUAACAGGAGCCAUCUCAUUUGUUAAUGAGAUUCCAUGGGUCAUUGAGCCUGUCUACAUAGCACAGUGGGGGUCAAUGUGGAUUAUGAUGAGGCGAGAAAAAAGAGACAGACGGCACUUCAAGAGGAUGAGGUUUCCUCCAUUUGAUGAUGAGGAGCCUCCACUGGAUUAUGCUGACAAUAUCCUUGAUGUUGAACCCCUGGAAGCCAUUCAGCUUGAACUGGACCCAGAGGAAGAUGCUCCAGUCACUGACUGGUUCUAUGAUCACCAGCCCUUAAGAGACAACAGAAAGUAUGUGAAUGGUACUACUUAUCAGCGGUGGCAGUUUACACUUCCGAUGAUGUCUACAUUAUAUCGAUUGGCUAAUCAGCUUCUGACUGACCUGGUUGAUGAUAACUACUUCUACCUGUUUGACCUAAAGGCAUUCUUUACCUCCAAAGCAUUAAACAUGGCUAUUCCUGGAGGGCCAAAAUUUGAGCCUCUUGUUCGUGACAUUAACCUGCAGGAUGAAGAUUGGAAUGAGUUUAAUGAUAUUAACAAGAUAAUUAUCCGACAGCCAAUUCGAACAGAAUACAAGAUUGCUUUUCCUUACCUGUACAACAAUCUUCCUCACCAUGUACAUUUAACCUGGUAUCACACACCAAAUGUGGUUUUUAUCAAAACUGAGGAUCCUGAUUUACCAGCAUUCUAUUUUGACCCACUGAUUAAUCCCAUAUCACACAGGCAUUCUGUAAAGAGCCAAGAGCCAUUGCCAGAUGAUGAUGAGGAAUUUGAAUUGCCAGAAUAUGUUGAACCAUUCCUUAAAGACACUCCUCUGUAUUCAGAUAACACCGCUAAUGGAAUUGCUUUACUUUGGGCUCCUCGUCCUUUCAACUUGCGUUCUGGUAGGACCAGGAGGGCUAUUGAUAUUCCUCUUGUGAAAAACUGGUACAGAGAGCAUUGUCCUGCUGGCCAGCCAGUAAAAGUCAGAGUAUCUUACCAGAAAUUGCUGAAGUACUAUGUGCUAAAUGCUUUGAAACACAGGCCUCCAAAAGCUCAGAAGAAAAGGUAUCUCUUCCGUUCAUUUAAAGCCACAAAAUUCUUUCAGUCGACAAAGUUGGACUGGGUGGAAGUAGGCCUGCAGGUUUGCCGCCAAGGCUAUAACAUGCUGAACUUGCUGAUUCACAGAAAGAACCUUAACUAUCUUCAUCUGGAUUACAAUUUCAAUUUGAAGCCAGUAAAAACGCUGACCACAAAGGAACGCAAAAAGUCUCGGUUCGGCAAUGCCUUCCAUCUUUGCCGCGAGGUCCUGCGUCUAACCAAACUAGUUGUGGACAGCCAUGUGCAAUACAGACUGGGGAAUGUUGAUGCUUUCCAGUUGGCAGACGGAUUACAGUAUAUUUUUGCCCAUGUGGGGCAGCUGACUGGAAUGUACCGUUACAAGUACAAACUAAUGAGACAAAUUCGCAUGUGCAAGGACCUGAAGCAUCUGAUCUACUACAGGUUCAAUACAGGUCCAGUUGGAAAGGGGCCUGGCUGUGGAUUUUGGGCAGCAGGCUGGAGAGUCUGGCUCUUUUUUAUGCGUGGUAUCACACCUUUGCUGGAAAGGUGGCUUGGAAAUCUGCUUGCUAGACAAUUUGAAGGUCGCCAUUCCAAAGGAGUUGCGAAAACUGUGACAAAACAGCGAGUGGAGUCUCACUUUGACUUGGAGCUCAGAGCUGCUGUUAUGCAUGACAUAUUGGACAUGAUGCCAGAGGGAAUCAAGCAGAACAAAGCCAGAACCAUCUUGCAGCACUUGAGUGAAGCUUGGAGAUGCUGGAAAGCUAACAUUCCCUGGAAGGUACCAGGUCUUCCAACACCCAUUGAAAACAUGAUUCUGCGAUAUGUAAAGGCCAAAGCGGACUGGUGGACAAAUACUGCGCAUUACAACAGAGAACGUAUUAGACGUGGUGCCACUGUCGACAAAACUGUGUGUAAGAAGAAUCUGGGCCGUCUGACUCGUUUGUACUUGAAAGCAGAACAAGAGAGACAGCACAACUACCUGAAGGAUGGGCCUUACAUUACUGCAGAGGAGGCAGUUGCUGUGUACACUACCACUGUCCACUGGCUAGAGAGUAGGAGGUUUUCUCCAAUUCCUUUUCCUCCUCUUUCCUACAAACAUGAUACAAAACUACUCAUUCUAGCACUUGAGAGACUGAAAGAAGCAUACAGUGUGAAGUCGCGUUUGAAUCAGUCUCAGAGGGAAGAAUUGGGUUUAAUCGAACAGGCGUAUGACAACCCUCACGAAGCUCUGUCCAGAAUCAAGCGUCACUUGCUCACCCAAAGAGCUUUCAAGGAGGUUGGAAUAGAGUUUAUGGAUCUCUACAGCCACCUUGUUCCUGUUUAUGACGUGGAACCACUGGAAAAAAUUACUGAUGCCUACCUGGAUCAGUACCUGUGGUAUGAAGCAGAUAAAAGAAGGCUUUUCCCUCCAUGGAUCAAGCCUGCAGAUACAGAGCCACCUCCCUUGUUGGUCUACAAGUGGUGCCAAGGCAUAAAUAACCUGCAGGAUGUUUGGGACACCACAGAAGGUGAAUGCAAUGUGAUGCUGGAGUCACGCUUUGAAAAGAUGUAUGAAAAGAUUGACUUGACUCUGCUGAAUCGUCUGCUGCGUCUAAUUGUUGAUCACAAUAUUGCUGAUUACAUGACUGCAAAAAACAACGUUGUGAUAAAUUACAAGGAUAUGAACCACACAAAUUCCUAUGGCAUUAUUCGUGGUCUCCAGUUUGCUUCGUUUAUUGUCCAGUACUAUGGUCUGGUGAUGGAUCUUCUGGUUCUUGGUUUACACAGAGCUAGUGAAAUGGCUGGGCCACCACAAAUGCCAAAUGACUUUCUAAGUUUCCAAGAUGUGGCAACAGAAUCGGCCCAUCCUAUCCGCCUGUUUUGUCGAUACAUUGACCGCAUUCACAUUUUUUUCAGAUUUUCAGCUGAUGAAGCCAGAGACCUUAUUCAGAGAUAUUUAACAGAACAUCCAGAUCCCAAUAAUGAGAAUAUUGUGGGCUACAACAAUAAAAAGUGUUGGCCAAGGGAUGCCAGAAUGCGCCUCAUGAAACAUGAUGUAAAUCUGGGCCGUGCAGUGUUUUGGGAUAUAAAAAAUAGACUGCCUCGUUCUGUCACCACUGUGCAGUGGGAGAACAGUUUUGUGUCUGUGUACAGUAAAGACAAUCCAAACCUGCUGUUUAAUAUGUGCGGCUUUGAAUGCCGCAUACUUCCCAAAUGCCGCACAAGCUAUGAAGAGUUUACGCACAAGGAUGGUGUCUGGAACCUGCAAAAUGAAGUGACCAAAGAACGCACAGCUCAGUGCUUCUUAAGAGUUGAUGACGAGUCCAUGCAGAGAUUUCACAACAGAGUCCGUCAAAUUCUUAUGGCUUCCGGGUCCACAACCUUUACAAAAAUUGUGAACAAGUGGAAUACAGCACUUAUUGGCCUAAUGACUUAUUUCCGUGAGGCUGUGGUCAACACCCAAGAACUACUUGAUCUGCUGGUGAAAUGUGAGAACAAAAUCCAAACAAGAAUAAAGAUUGGGCUGAACUCUAAAAUGCCAAGCAGGUUCCCGCCUGUUGUUUUUUACACACCAAAGGAACUUGGAGGUUUGGGCAUGUUGUCCAUGGGACAUGUUUUAAUUCCACAGUCUGACCUAAGGUGGUCUAAGCAGACAGAUGUUGGCAUAACCCAUUUCCGUUCUGGCAUGAGUCACGAGGAGGAUCAACUGAUUCCUAAUCUGUAUCGUUACAUUCAGCCUUGGGAAAGUGAGUUUAUAGACUCUCAGAGAGUCUGGGCUGAGUAUGCCUUAAAGAGGCAGGAGGCGAUUGCUCAAAACAGACGCCUGACGCUUGAAGACUUAGAAGACUCAUGGGACAGGGGAAUUCCACGUAUUAAUACACUGUUUCAGAAAGAUCGGCACACACUUGCUUAUGACAAGGGUUGGAGAGUUCGCACAGACUUUAAACAGUACCAGGUGCUGAAACAAAACCCGUUCUGGUGGACACAUCAGCGUCAUGAUGGAAAGCUAUGGAAUCUGAACAACUACCGCACAGAUAUGAUUCAGGCCCUUGGAGGGGUGGAGGGUAUACUGGAGCACACGCUAUUUAAAGGCACUUACUUUCCCACAUGGGAGGGUCUUUUCUGGGAAAAGGCCAGCGGCUUUGAAGAAUCAAUGAAAUGGAAGAAACUGACCAAUGCUCAGCGUUCUGGUUUAAACCAGAUACCAAACAGAAGAUUUACACUUUGGUGGUCUCCCACAAUCAACAGAGCCAACGUCUAUGUUGGAUUCCAGGUGCAACUGGAUUUGACUGGGAUUUUCAUGCAUGGCAAGAUUCCUACAUUAAAAAUCUCAUUGAUUCAGAUAUUCAGGGCCCACUUGUGGCAAAAGAUUCAUGAAAGCAUUGUCAUGGAUUUAUGUCAGGUGUUUGAUCAGGAGCUGGAUGCUUUGGAGAUUGAGACUGUGCAGAAAGAGACCAUCCACCCUAGGAAGUCCUAUAAGAUGAACUCGUCCUGUGCUGAUAUUCUGCUCUUUGCCUCCUACAAAUGGAAUGUGUCUCGUCCCUCCUUGCUUGCUGACUCAAAGGAUGUAAUGGACAGCACAACCACCCAGAAGUACUGGAUUGAUAUACAGCUGAGAUGGGGUGACUAUGACUCCCACGACAUUGAAAGAUAUGCACGUGCCAAAUUUUUGGAUUAUACAACAGAUAACAUGAGUAUCUAUCCCUCACCUACUGGUGUUCUUAUUGCCAUUGACCUUGCCUAUAACCUGCACAGUGCAUAUGGAAACUGGUUCCCAGGGGGAAAGCCUCUAAUACAGCAAGCAAUGGCAAAGAUAAUGAAGGCAAACCCUGCCCUCUACGUGCUGCGGGAGCGCAUCCGUAAAGGAUUACAGCUUUACUCUUCUGAGCCCACUGAGCCUUACCUGUCUUCUCAGAACUAUGGGGAACUCUUCUCCAAUCAAAUCAUCUGGUUUGUGGAUGACACAAAUGUAUACAGAGUCACCAUCCACAAGACCUUUGAAGGUAACCUGACAACCAAGCCAAUCAAUGGAGCCAUUUUCAUCUUUAAUCCCAGGACUGGCCAGCUCUUCUUAAAAAUUAUUCAUACUUCUGUGUGGGCUGGACAGAAGAGAUUGGGUCAGCUGGCCAAAUGGAAAACUGCAGAAGAAGUAGCUGCAUUGAUUCGAUCUCUUCCAGUUGAGGAGCAGCCGAAACAAAUCAUUGUCACCAGGAAAGGCAUGUUGGAUCCACUCGAGGUGCACUUGCUUGACUUCCCAAACAUUGUCAUCAAAGGAUCAGAAUUACAGUUGCCUUUCCAGGCCUGUCUGAAGGUGGAGAAAUUUGGUGAUCUGAUCUUAAAGGCUACAGAGCCUCAGAUGGUUCUGUUCAAUCUAUAUGAUGACUGGCUGAAGACGAUCUCUUCAUACACGGCAUUCUCUCGAUUAAUUUUAAUUCUAAGAGCCUUACAUGUCAACAAUGACCGUGCAAAAGUGAUCUUGAAACCUGACAAGACCACUGUCACAGAGCCCCAUCAUAUCUGGCCCACACUGACAGAUGAGGAAUGGAUUAAGGUUGAAGUUCAGCUAAAGGAUUUGAUUUUAGCAGAUUAUGGAAAGAAGAACAACGUAAAUGUGGCCUCACUGACACAGUCUGAAAUCAGAGACAUCAUUCUGGGUAUGGAAAUUUCUGCUCCAUCCCAGCAAAGGCAGCAGAUUGCAGAAAUUGAAAAGCAAACAAAAGAACAGUCUCAGCUCACUGCUACUCAGACGCGCACUGUCAACAAACACGGAGAUGAGAUUAUCACAUCUACCACCAGCAACUACGAAACACAGACGUUCUCUUCAAAGACUGAGUGGCGAGUCAGAGCAAUAUCUGCUGCCAACCUUCACCUCCGAACCAAUCACAUCUAUGUAUCGUCUGAUGACAUUAAGGAAACUGGAUACACCUACAUAUUGCCCAAAAAUGUGCUUAAGAAAUUCAUUUGCAUCUCUGAUCUUAGAGCACAGAUUGCUGGUUACCUGUAUGGUGUGAGCCCCCCAGAUAAUCCCCAAGUGAAGGAAAUCCGUUGCAUUGUUAUGGUGCCCCAGUGGGGAACUCAUCAAACUGUCCACCUGCCAAGCCAGCUGCCCCAACAUGAAUACCUUAAGGAAAUGGAGCCAUUAGGAUGGGUUCACACUCAGCCAAAUGAGUCCCCACAGUUGUCACCUCAAGAUGUCACCACCCAUGCCAAAGUAAUGGCUGACAAUCCUGCCUGGGAUGGAGAGAAAACCAUAAUCAUUACUUGCAGCUUUACUCCAGGUUCAUGCACGUUAACCGCUUAUAAACUGACUCCCAGUGGUUAUGAAUGGGGACGGCAAAACACAGAUAAAGGAAACAAUCCCAAGGGCUACUUGCCAUCGCAUUAUGAGAGGGUCCAGAUGCUGCUGUCUGAUCGCUUCCUUGGGUUCUUCAUGGUGCCAGCACAAGCGUCCUGGAACUACAACUUCAUGGGUGUGAGACAUGACCCAAACAUGAAAUAUGAGUUACAGCUGGCCAACCCGAAGGAGUUUUACCAUGAAGUACACCGGCCAUCGCAUUUCCUAAACUUUGCUCUGCUGCAGGAGGGUGAGGUGUAUUCGGCUGACCGGGAAGAUCUGUAUGCAUAAAUCUUCUAUAAGAAUAUUCCCAAGGGCUUGGGUCACGGUUGAUAUUCAACAUUAAGUGAUUGAGCCCCUAUUGACAGCAGACACCUCUUAGUCGUUCCUCGUGAGGCUAUUAGUGCUUUGCUUCACUUCAUAUUUUGUCCAGUUUUUUCCUGCUGCAUCUGUGUAGCAAUUGUUUGAACAACUUCAUUGUUAAUAUCUGUGGAAGCCUUUAGGCUCUGUAUUUACCGAUAUUGAUUUCUUUUUUUUUUUUUUUAAUAAAUAUUUGUUCACACAGUG